ACGUUUUAAACCACAAAGUGAAACUUUCUUAUAACAAAAACUUUCCUUAAAAAAAGAAAUUGUUUCAUAGGUAAAAAUGUAAAAUGCCUACAAUUUAAAAUUUAAAAAUUGAUCAUCCCACCCGGUCACCACUAAACGUCUUGAAUCUUGAUAUCAUUAAAGUUGAUUCAUAAAUUUAGGUCCAAUAAAAUAGAAUAUCUCUAUUCUCAACCGUUAGUCCAAAAAAUAACACUUCUAACAAAACCUAACCUGAUCUAAAAUUCCUAAUCACUUUCAAAAUAAUAUUCCCAACAAGACAUUAAGUCCUAACCCGACUUAAACUCGAAAUACUUUAAAAUCUAAAACACAUCCACUUAACAAAACUUGAUGGGGGUAAAAAAAAAAAAUUCAAAAACUCCAAUAACACAGUGAAUGCGAAAAAGCUCUGUAAAACCCCAUCCAAGUCUACAAAUCGGCAAAAUACAACAACGUUUUCCUUUCUUCUGGGUAAAGAACUCUGUAACUAGUUUAUUUAAGAAAUUAAAUAAUAAAGGAGAAAGAUAAGAAAUUACUCAAUUUUUUCUUCCAAUUAUUAAAAUACUUUUUCCUGUUUUCUCAAUUUCUUCUUCUCAAACCCCCGAAAUUCCCUAUUACUUCCACGCAAUCCAAACUUCUCUCUUUUCCUUCUUUCUCUCUCAUCUCUUUCUCACCGUUUGCGGAAAAAAAAAUCCCCUUUUUCGAGGUCUAAUCGGGUGAUAUUUGCUGCGCUUUUGUUGUUCGUGUAUCAAUUGAUCAUAAUAAUUUGUGGGUUUUCAGGACCUUCAUUUGAUUGUUAACUCAGCAGGCAUACAUAGUGCAUCAAUCUCAGGACCAUCAGCAUCUAAUUUUAGCUCUUGUGGGUUUGAGCGGGGAAUGGACUUACCGUAUACAACUACUGCUGUUGCUUGCAAAUAAUGUCCAAUUGGCAAGGGGGUAGAAAUGCUUUGAGCAUAUUCAAGUGGAAAAAACCUGGUGAUCCUUCACUAUCCAUUGGCCUACUCAAUGAUAUUCCUCCUGAGAUCGAACUAUCUGAAUAUGGAAGGGUGCCGAGUCCUGGUAGCGAAAGCCCUUCUGGGCUACUUAACGGGGAGAGCCUGAAAGUGGAACCUAUUGCUGAUUUGGACCUGUUCUUUGAAAGGCUGUAUAGCUACUAUUGUGAAAAAGGACUUUGGUGCAUCAUUGUGAAGUGGAUAGUUGAACUCUUGAGUCUUGCUUUUACAAUAUGCUUUUCAGGAUUUUUCUUACUAUUCGUUGACUGGAAUGGUCUCCGCAAUGCUAAAUGUGGAAUCGAUGCUGUUGAAUCUGGAACUAAGCCCUGUGACCUUGCAAUAGAAGCUCUCCAUGCGCAUCCAUUAACCCCACUUACACUUCCCAAGGCAAUUAUUCUUGGGUAUCUGGGUAUAUUUUCCAUAUAUUGGGUCUUCUGUUUUCUAAGGUUUUUUGCUCAGCUUAAGGAGACUCUUAGGAUACGCCACUUUUAUUACAACUGUCUCCAUGUUACAGAUGAUGAGUUGAAGACCAUGCCAUGGCCUUCUAUACUUGAAAAAGUGGUUCGUGUUCAGAAUUCACAGAAGCUAUGUGUUGUGAAGGAUCUGUCAGCUCAUGAAAUUGUAAUGCGAUUGAUGCGGAAGGAAAAUUACUUGAUUGGCAUGAUCAACAAGGGGAUUCUUGCUUUCCCUAUAUCUAAGUGGAUCCCUGGUGCUGGUCCAGUUGUCAAGUCUGGCCCUAAUAGGGGCCGUCAACGCCUCAUAUUGACAAAGACACUUGAGUGGACCUUGAAUUGGUCCAUAUUACAGAGCAUGUUUGACAGGAAAUUCUGUAUCAGGGAGGAGUUUGUCUCAAAUCCCGGUGCUUUGAGGAAAAGACUUGUAGUAGUUGGACUGGCAAUGCUUCUUCUUUCUCCAUUUUUAGUAAUAUUCAUGCUGGUUUAUCUCUUCUUGAGGCACGCUGAACAAUUCUAUAACCACCCAACAACAGCAUCAUCUCGAAGAUGGUCAAAUUUGUCAAAGUGGAUGUUUAGGGAAUUUAACGAGGUGGAACACUUCUUUAGACACCGCAUAAACAGCAGUGUCAUACAUGCUUCAGAUUACUUGAAACAAUUUCCAUCUCCCAUAAUUUCAGUUGUUGCUAAAUUCAUCUCAUUCAUAUCUGGAGGCUUUGCGGCGGUGCUGAUCAUUAUUGCUUUGCUGGAUGAAUCUUUGCUGGAGGGCCAUAUAUUUGGCCGUAAUUUGUUUUGGUAUGUUGCUGUAUUUGGAGCAAUUACGCAUAUCAGCCGGGAUGCUGUGACAGAUGAGCUUCUAGUUCUUGACCCCGAGGGCACAAUGUCCUUGGUGGUUCAGCACACUCAUCACAUGCCAAAGAGAUGGCGUGGUAAAGAAAAUACAGAGAUGGUCAGGAUGGAGUUUGAAACUUUAUUUCAGUAUACAGCAAUGACGUGGCUGGAGGAGAUGGCCUCUAUAUUUUUAACUCCUUAUCUGCUCAUAUAUGUUGUGCCAAAGAAAGUUGAUGACAUUCUGCAGUUCAUCUCUGAAUUUACGGUAUACAUAGAUGGAGUUGGUGAUGUUUGCAGCUUUAGUGCCUUUGACUUUCAAAAGCAUGGCAACGGCAAUUAUGCUUCUCCAUACAAUUCAAUUCCCACCCUGAGGAGCUCCCAAGGAAAGAUGGAAAAAUCUUUUCUGAGCUUUCAAACCAGCUAUCCCUAUUGGCAAUCAGAUGCUCAAGGGAUGCAGUUUCUAACCACUCUCAGAGCAUUCCGGAAUGAAAAGUUGAGAAGGCCUAAUCCUGGAUGUGGGCAUUCACCACCCAGAAGGUGGCAACAGAGUCCAAGUUUGAUAGAUCAGAACUCCAGAAACAGCUACUUCAGAAGAGAAUCGCCUUACAACAGUCCUGCACCGGGUUAUCAUUUGGGCUCUCUGUGGCUUAUCGAAACUGAUCCUAAAACUCACCCUUACCUUCUCGAUUGGUUUUAUGUGUCCGGGGCUCGUCAUGUUAUUGGUACUAAUGACAUCCCAUCAGUUUCUAUGGACAUUGAUAAUGAUCAAAGCAAAGAAUUCUGGAAGCCAUCCUUAAACAUUGAAGCCAAUCAUGGAGAAAGUUGGCCUAAUUUCUUUGAGAAUCGGUCAAAGAGCCAUCUAGAAGCUUCCACAUCAUCUCCAGUCUUCCCGGAGGAGGAAAGUGUUCUGCGGCAUCACGACUCAAGCACUAUGCUGCCAUCUGCUAGGAGCCACUGGUGGGACCGUGGUGGGCCUAGCAGUGCAGAGCAUCAACAAGCAAGCUUUCUUGAGCCUCCUGAGUUUCAACACCAUGGUGGAUCCCAACAAGGCAGCUUUCUUGAGCCUCCGCUGUUCAGAUACAAUGGCAGGCCCCAACAAGCCAGCUUUCUCGAGCCUCCUGAAUUUAAUCGUCACAAUGCCAGUGAUUACUACGGAAGCCACUCAGAGAGGAGCAUAGAUGAGCACGAACAACCAUUGGAUUGGGGCAACUACCACCGGUUGUCUCGAACAACUGAUCCUGUUGAAUUUGGUACUAGUGGUGGCGAUUUUAAGCUCCAUUUUGAUGAUGUCUAUAAACCUUCAGAAUCGCCUACCAUAAAUAUAGAUUCUAGAGACUUAGCCCCUGAUACAUAUCAACUUAUCAAGUGAACUAAUUCUUGAUCCCCUACACGGAAUCGUUUUUUUUUUUUUUUUUUUUUUUUUUUUUUCAUUUCUUGGGUCUUUUUGGUACAUAAUCUUAGGGCUAUUUUCUCCUUUUUGUUUGGUACAAGGAGAACAGAAGAUCGAAAUUCUUUGUUGUACAUAAUUCAUGUCUUAGAAAAAAAAAAAAAGAAAAAGGUUGCAUUUAGAAUUGACCUUGCCUCUCUUUCUAGAAAUGUACAAAGAAAAACUUGCAUUCUAGGUUGCUCAAAAUCCUUAUCUUGUUUGUAAGUAUGCAAUUGCUGCUAGCUAUUAAUAAAUUUAGAGGUAUUUUGGUCA